UACAAAACACUGACUUUAUGGACUGGUAUUUAUGGUCGCCUGAAUACCCAGAGAAGCCGCUAGAGUUUGUAGCUCGCAAUGUGUGGGGGGCGGAGGAGCCUAGAGGAGGCAGACCUCUACCUGGUAUGGUUAAACACAUCUUCAUCACAUACAACACGGAGAGUGAAGAAUGCCGAUACCCAGAGCAAUGCAUGGCCGUCGUCAAGGGGCUACAGGAGAGAGCGUUUGCCGAGGGUCUUUCGGACAUCAAGUACAAUUUCCUGAUCGGAGAAGAUGGCUACGUGUACGAGGGUAGAGGAUGGGUGAACAAACCUCCGAUAUCAAAGAGAUUUCCAAACAUGACGAAGAGGAUUGACAUCGGCUAUCUCGGCAGUAAAAAGUUCUACCUGUUUACCUAUGAUAUCAUGAAGCUGGGUCUGGACAUCAUAUAUUACGGAGUGGUCAACAACCAUAUCCGACGGCCUUACAAGGUGAAGGAAUGGCGAACACCUGACAGUCUACGGUACACUUGGCAACACGACACUCCAGAAAUCAACGAACCUUUACUGCACGAGAUUAUGAGGAUACAGAAGGCGGAACCGGACAUAACAUUUGACCAGCUGCAAGAGAGAGUGAAACAUCUCUACACGGGCUACACUCCUGAGGAACUGAAGGAAGCGAUCGAUGGACCCCUCAUAGGGUGAACAAAGUGGUGUACUUUGCCAUCAGUAGAUUGAGGGCAAAAUUACAAUAGCA